UUAUGGCAAUAUCCAAUUUAUAAAUAUUUUAUGUUACUGUCACGUAUGGGCAGGGAAGGAGUGCACACUAUUCUCGCCCACUCCUGUAUCCCUGCCUACUUACGUACCCACCCUAGGCGAUGGGUCCUUAACCAAGGUGACAGUCCCUCCCCAGACAAGUCAGGGACGUAACUGUCAAAAUAAUAAAAUACAAUAAUACAGACUCAGGUGAAGGAACAGUAGAGAACGGAUAGACUAACAAAGCAAAACUAACACACUCACGCAAUAAGUCAAAUGGCCACUAUCUGCGUCAAAAGCCAGGAGUUGUAAGAGUACAAAAUCGCUAAUACCAGAGAGAAGUCGAGAAGACAAGCCAGAAGUCAAAGAUGCUUGGUUAACAAGAAUAAACAGGGAUAAUUCGCUAGCUACUGGAGUUGAACUCUUUCACAGGCAAUGAAUGAGAGCAAACUGACAGGUUAAAUAGGCAACCCUGCAGGUGCUUUCAUCAAAAGGUCAGCUGACCAGCAAGACAGCUAAGCUUAACCCAGCAACAAAAACAAACAAAGAACCUGUUAGAACCUUUUAACCCUAUAGGUUCUGACAGUUACUUUUCCUGUUUCUUUUGUUUUCUCUUUUUUGUGUUUCCAUGUUCCAAUUAUUUUUUGUCCAACUAUUUAUUCAUUUGUUCAUUUAUCUUGCAGACAGCAUCUCAUGCCUAAAAUGUCUUAAAGAUCAAUGGCCAAAUGACAUGAAUGAGUGUGUACCAAAACCUAUUGAAUUUCUGUCUUACAAAAAUGACCCCACAGUUCUCACAGUCUCCAUACUAACAGUCCUAUGUUUUGUCAAAACAUCUACAUUAUUGGGCAUCUUCAUUCAAUUCCGAGACACUCCAGUGAUCAGAGCAAAUAACCAAACCCUGAGCUUCAUUCUCUUGGUUUCCAUCAUGUUGAGUUUCCUCUGUGUAUUUUUGUUCCUGGGUCGCCCUACACAUAUCACCUGUAUGCUCCGUCAGACUUCAUUCGGGAUCAUCUUCUCAGUAGCUAUCUCUUCUAUUCUGGCUAAAACCAUCAUGGUCUACAUGGCCUUCAAAGCCACCAAACCUGGAAGUUCCUGGAGGAAAUUUAUUGGUGUGAAAAUUACAAACUGUGUUGUCUUCUUCUGUUCAUUUCUUCAAGUUCUACUUAGUAUCAUUUGGUUAUCUACAUCUCCUCCAUUCCCAGAAAAAAACAGUCACUUAUACCAAGACAAGAUAAUAUUCCAGUGUAAUGAAGGGUCCAUGCUGGCCUUCUCCAUACUCCUGGGCUAUAUGGGACUACUUGCAGCUGUUAGUUUCAUUGUUGCUUUCUUGGCCAGAAAUUUACCAGAUCGUUUUAAUGAAGCUAAAAACAUCACGUUCAGCAUGCUGGUUGUCUGCAGUGUCUGGGUGGCUUUUAUCCCCUCCUAUAUGAGUGUUACUGGGAAGAAUACAGUUCUUGUAGAGAUAUUUGCUAUAAUGUCUUCAAGUGUUGGUAUUUUGGGCUGCAUAUUCUUCCCUAAAUGUUACAUAGUACUGGUGAGACCAGAGUUAAAUUCAAAAAGUGCUUUAUCAACGCAAAUGAAGGCAACACUAUAGAUGAUUGUGCAUCUAU